GAACUUAUCAACAAGCCUUCCGAAGCUCGCCGCUUGCAGCCCGCUUGCUCCCCUCCGCUCCCUGUGUUCUGGGACUCCCUCUGUUCUCCACCCACCCUCUGCGGGGCCACGGGUGGAAGUGGGUGUGUCGAUGCGAGCCAGUGUAGCCUCGCAGUCGCUCGUGCGCUCUCUGAAAAAGAGGAAAAAGUUGAUGAGGAGUUCAGAGUAAGAGCGGCCCAGCCUCGGAGCAGGCUAACCGUCCCGGGAAUGGCAGUCUGGACCCGAGCGGACAAAAACGGCCAGCUGGACCUUCUGCUCCGGGACCGCUGGAUCCGAGUGGCAGCCGAACUCACGCGGGAGACGUUGACUUUAACGGCCGAGGCGGAGCUGAGCGGACAGGGGGGUAAUCACUGGGACUACACCUCGGCUGGCCUACGAAAUGGCAUGUCGAACGGAAAUGACCCCGGAGCGAGCCCCGGGAACCCUGGACGCGGUUCUUCCUCAGGUCAAGACCAGCUUCAGAACCGGGGACGCAGUAGUAGCCCGGGUCGAGGGAGCGUCAGCCGGUGUCAGUAUGAUGGAAACUACGGUGUAAACAGUUCUGGAAAGUACCCGGUUAACGGAGCAAACUCUGACUUUGGAAGUCCGGGGUCUGGCUACGGGAGUCCCGGGUCGAGCUUCGGGUCGAGGCAAGGCGACCCCCCGGUCAGCCUGGACGGUUCCUCCGAAGCGGUGCGGAAAGUCCGGGUUGUCAAACAGGAGUCCGGCGGGCUGGGGAUCAGUAUCAAAGGGGGGCGGGAGAACCGGAUGCCCAUCCUCAUCUCUAAGAUCUUCCCGGGACUCGCCGCGGAUCAGAGCCGGGCUCUCCGGGUGGGCGACGCCAUCCUGUCGGUGAACGGGAACGACCUCCGGGAGGCGACGCACGACAUGGCGGUUCAGGCGCUGAAGAAGGCCGGGAAAGAAGUCACGCUGGAGGUGAAAUACAUCCGCGAGGUGUCGCCGCUCUUCAAGAAGCCGUCCCUGGUGGCCGACCUGCCGUGGGACGGCAUCCGCCCACAGUCUCCCAGCUACAGCGGCAGCGAGGACUCUGGGUCGCCCAAACACAGCAGCUCAUCGUCCACAUCCAAAGAUAGGAAGGUCAUCAGCCUGAAGAUGUGCUUCAUCAGCAGGAACCUCACCAUGCCUGAUCUAGAGAACAGGCUGCUGGAGCUGCACUCCCCGGAUGGCCAGCACACCGUGGUGCUACGCUGCAAAGAUGGAGCUUCUGCCAACGCCUGGUUCACCGCCAUACACACCAACAUAGCCGCCCUCCUGCCACAGACCCUGGCACACAUCAACGCCUACCUGGGGGCGUCAUCUACAGCCUCCACACACCCCCACUUGAAACACAUUGCCUGGUUGGCUGAACAGAUUCAGCUGGAGGGCGGACGGCAGCAGUUCAGGCCGGUGGUCAUGGCACUGACGGAAAAAGACAUCCUGCUGUUUGAAUCGGUGCCGUGGAGCAGAGAGUCCUGGUCCAUGCCUCUACUCACACACCCGCUGCUUGCCACCAGACUGGUCCACUCUGGCAGCGCUCGGGGUUCUCCGUCCCACGGUUCAGACCUGGUGUUCGCCACUCGGACCGGCACCGGGCGUGGUAUCGAGUCGCACAUCUUCAGAGUGGAGACUCACUGGGAUCUGUCCACGUGGACACGCGGUCUUGUUCAGGGGGUUCACGCUGCAGCUGAGAUAAUCAAAGAGGUCUCUAUUGGUUGUACGUUGAACAGACAGGACGUCCGGCUCACGCUUCACUACGAAAAGGGCUUUACUGUUACAAGGGAGCCAGCAGACCAAACGGGGGGCACAGUGCUCUUUAGGUACCCCUAUGAGAAGCUCAAAAUGUCCGCCGACGAUGGAAUACGCAACCUUUACCUUGACUUUGGUGGUCCAGAGGGAGAAAUGGUGUUCGACCUCCACUCGGGUCCAAAGCCGGUGGUGUUUGUUCUCCACUCCUUCCUGUCAGCCAAGCUUACCCGCAUGGGUCUGCUGACGUGAAGUGGCCGACUAAUUUCAGCACAAACAGAAGGAUUUUCUUUUACAGUUUUUAUUUUUUUUUUCUCUCCCCAUGUUUUUUCGACUGACAGUUGAAGUUAGGCCUUUAGACGCGCUGCAGGGAAAGUUUAAAGCAUGAGUCGCUCUCUUGAUCGUCACAGAAAUGUGCCUUCCAGCUCCCCCUCAGCCUCUAAUCAUCUGCGCUGCAAAGUUGAUGCGAAAAGGAAUGAGCGUUUCGCUUCAGGUCAAGAGGAUUAAGGAAGCUACUUUGGCAUGUGAAAAAGUAGGAGUUUAAGGAUCUCACUCCAAUCCAUGGAGCAAUGUUUAAUCCUUGUUACGAUGAGAGGAUGUGGUGAACGACGUACUUAAGAGACUGCAACAGCAAAAAAAAAAGAAGUCAGGAGGGAUUUUGUAGAUACAAACACAAAGUUAAGCACAAACUAGUCAGUUUUCC